GUACUGCACCAUGCUCGAACUGUGUCACAGCCAACCUGGUUUGUCCUCUUGACACAACUUCAUCACGACCCAAUAACAUCCCAAAAGCCCCUAGUUUAGAAGAACAUGCAGCGCUGGCUGAACGGGUAAAAGCCCUGGAAAGUACGAUUCGGAGUGCUAUGGGGCAUCAGUUGAAUGCGAAUGAACAGAAUCGACAUUCUUCAUCAGAACUUCCCAGUAUUAGUACCCUCUUGGACAGGGCGUUGGUAAAACGACCACCUCUCGUAGAAGGGGAAACAUCAUUCAAAACCCAGGCUUUACAUGCAAGCCAGGUCGAAGAGCUAAAGUCACCAGCUGCACAGCAAUCGCCUACAUUUGUCCAAGAACUGGCUAAUCUCAAGGAUGCGCUCCAAGAUCAAGAGACCAAUGGGCUAGGCAAGGGUAACGUAAAAUCAGGCCAGCUUGAACAAGCACAUGUGCCUAAUGUUAAGAUUCCGCCACCAACAUCUGUUAUGCAGCUGCUACAGUUGAUGGCUGACGAGAGACACACGAACCUCGUCCUCUUUAAUUUCUGGGGCGUUCAAAACCUCGAAAGCUUUCGCCAUCUGUGCAAGUCCACAUAUUUCAACACAGAACCGUUGACACUAACAGAGAAGACUUCAUUCAACGGAACUGUCAGCCUCAUCCUGAGAGAGAUAGGAACUGAAGACAGACCAAAUAUAGAACCUGGAGUCUUGAGUCGCUUGCAAGACCUUUGUGAAAAGAACUUCUGGGAAGGUGUUGAAACUUACCAAGUCAUGUCUAUUGCCACAGAAGAGCACGUCCAUAUCCUGUUCCUUGCGGUUGUACUAGUGUCAAGCAUGGGGGAAUUACCUCUUCAAUGGAGCCUGACAACAGCUGCUGCUGGACACUGUCUGACUCUAGGUUACCAUCGAGAAAAGAGACUUUUGCAGCUUCCGAGCCCCAAGGCCGAGACAGCACGAAGAACCUUCUGGCACAUCUACAUGGCAGACAAAAACCUUUCGCAACGCUUAGGACGAGCACCCACCAUUCAAGAUUGGGACGUUGAUGCAAAGCCAUGCGCGAUAUCUAGCGAUAUCAAACAAGCCCCUUGGGAUUUGGCUUUAACCUCAUUGAUUGAAAUGAGUCGAAUACAAGGUCAAAUCUACGAGAGGCUCUACUCGCCUCUGGCAAAGGCACGCGGCAUGGAAGAAAGAUUGGUAGAAACCAACAAACUUGAUUCAGAUCUCCGUCGAUGGUAUAGCGACUGGGCUCAGAUAGAUAGCUCCGCUGCCUACGGUAGAGAUCGGUUUGACAUGACCUUCUCUCCAGUCGACAUCAUGUAUCACUCUUUGCUAACCCUCAUACACUGGAACGUCAGCUAUACGGAGUCUGCAAGAGAUAUAUCAGAGGCAUGCUAUGAAGCAGCACAUGGAAUGCUGCGAGCGCAUCUUACACACUACCCUCAGCUGACUGCUUCGGGCCACAAGGCAUCAGCGAUCUAUGCGAUCUGGGUUCUCCAUGCCACGUCUUUCACGCCGUAUGUGGCCAUAUUCCUCCAUUGCGUUGCCAAUCUGGACUGCGAUGAUCUCAAGCUUCUUCAGGACGUAUUACACACGCUUGAAAAUAUCGGGUUGGAUCUCCAAUUCUCACAGAAGUUAUUCAAACUCUGCAAAGCCCUCUGUCGGAUUGCAGAAGCUUUUCUGGAGCAUCAGGUCCCUUUGACAAAUAUUGUCACCGACGCGUCAAAUACAGCCCAUUCAUUACCGCAAGGCCCGUUACCAGAUACCUGGUCAUGGCUGGGCUCACAAAUCACGUACCCAAACGCUGUCGGAGAUUUUGACUUGGACAAUCUAGAUGAAACCUUCUUCGGCCAUGGCUUCUAG